AAAACUAUAUAUAAAAAUUGUCCGGAAGUUGCACCAUAGCAACGACUACGCUAGGUAGUAUUUCUUUGAAAUCUACCUAAAAUGGAUACAGCAAUUUUUACAUAGUUUUCAAGUAAAUACAUAAAUAAAUACAGCUUGGGGUGAUUUAAUUUAUAACUGUUCUAGUUGUUUCUAAAAGACAAAUAAAUUGAAAUUGUGAAACUACACUAGUGAACAACAGGUGCUGGGGUCGAGAGAUUGGGCCCAGCAGGCUGCCCUGAUUGGACAGGAACACAACUAGGUUCAAGUAAAAUUACAUGUUAAUAGUGCAGCAAAAUUCAAUCGCUGAUGACCAACCAAUGUAAAUACAUAACAAUGAAAUUCUGAACUGUGUAAUAUGGUUAAAUUUACUAAUCAUAUCCGUGAAUUUAAAACAAAAUGAAAAUACCAACUAAGAAACAACAAAUCUCUGAAAAAAAUACAGCAAUAUUCUCCAUAAUUCAAAAGAUUUGUAUAUUUUCCUCCAAAUUAAAUAUCGAGCUAGUAUGAAAGAUUGUGUAUAUAUGUACUAUACUCAACUUAAAAAUUAAUAAAAGAUAUCGCUGCAAAGUCACAUCUAAAAGGUGUUAUGUUAAAUGCGUACGAAUUGAGAACAAUAAAAACCUAAUAAAAUCGUCUUGCCAAAGGCAAUUCAGGUUGGAUUCCUGGCGGGGUCGAACCCGGUUGGGUCGCAAGUGGGAAACGUGGCGGACGUUGCCGGUGGUCUGCGGGUUUCCUCGGGGUACUCCCGUUUCCCCCGCCAGUUCAUCCCGUUGCUGCUCCGUACCCCGUUCCACCUCAUCCCACACCCCUUCAGGCCGGGGGAACGACAGGGCAGCCCCAGGCGGGACACUGUGUGUGCUUCUGUUCCCCGGUGCCGAGCACCGGGACCUCCGGGCUGUGAAGUGUAGUGACGCCGCGGUGCAGGACGGAGGUGCCCAGCUGACCCCGGGGCGGCAUGGGGCUGCUCGCCCGGAGCUCCCCGCUGGUGCGCGGGGUGGCGGCCUACGCCGUCAUCUGGCCCGUGUCCAGCCUGUGCCAGCAGCUCAUCGCCGGCGCGGAGCGGGUGGACUGCGCCCAGGCGGCACGCUUCGCGCUCUACGGCAGCUGCUUCGUGGCUCCCUCGCUGCAGGCAUGGCUGUCCUUCGCGCAGCGCGCCUGGCCGGGCCGGUCCUGGCGCGCCACCCUCACCAAGGUGCUGCUGGAGCAGGUGACGUACACGCCCUUCGCCAUUGCGAGCUUCUACUGCGGCAUGACGCUGCUGGAGGGCCAGGGCUGGGACGCGGCCGUCUCCGAGGUGCGCGCCAAGUUCCUGCCCACCUACAAGGUGGGGGCGCUGGUGUGGCCGGCCGUGCAGGUGUUCAACUACAGCGCCGUGCCGGAGAGGAACCGCGUGCCCUUCGUGAGCGUGUGCAGCCUGCUGUGGGCGUGCUUCCUGGCCCACAUGAAGCAGGCGGAGGCACGGCGCCUGGCACGCCCCCCCGUGGUGUCGCCGCCCUAACCGCGCAGGCGAGGGUCUCCGCACUGUCGCAGCACUGGCCAGCCACCCGUGUUUCAGCUUCUACAGUACUAUACCUGUUAUUACAUCACAAAUAUGAGUUCAAAAAUUUGACAGCUAUUGAAGAUGCAUUUAGAGCUUCGAAUUGAAAUUCUGUAGCAUACAACAUAAUUUUGAAUUGAAAUAUUUUGUUUUCUUUCUACAAAAGUACUUUUUGAAAUAGUUCAAACUAAAAAUGUAGGUUUUAUGAAAUUCUGACAUUUAAAAACUUUAAAAAAUAAUUAACAUUGUAAUAUACAGUUUUAUAAGUCCAUAAAAGAAGCACACCAUAAAAUUUAGCAUCGUGAUUCUCCAGAGGCAUUCUCCCGGUCCACAGCCCUUUACCUGAGUCCGUCUGCCUCGCCAUGUGCGUUCCAUUCACACGGCCAGACCACAUACAUGUUUACUUUCCGAGCUGCAGUACACAUACAACAAUGCAAAGUCUAUUGGGUCCUCAAUUUCACUAGCCUUAUAAAGAAUGUCCAAAAAUACUCAUGAAUUUGAAAUUAUUUUGGUUUAAAUUCUUGAACAGUUUUCCACAAAUAUUUUUUUUUCUUUUUUAAUCUAAACUUUGUUGUGAUGUUAAGCAAACAUGUAGUUUUUUUAUUUCGCAAUAUAUUUGAAACUAGGCCAGAAAAAAAAUAUUCUCACUGUUUCGGUUCAUGACGUGGAAGAACUGGAGGUGAUAUUAAGGUUUACUUGAGUCUGCUGCUAUGUGCUUGUUUCGCAGCGGGCGGUGCAUCCCGACUGCACUCUUGUCAGUGACGCGCCGAGGGCAGCACGGCACGGCCCGACACCGCGCAUGUUCCCCAGCGACACCCCUCGCCGUGCUCCGGAGUGAGAGCCAUCAUCCGUAGGUCAAGUUGGUUUGUCGUAAAGAGGUGUCUAUGAGGCUGGUGCGUGCCACUAGCACAUAGCGCACACAGCAGCAAGUCUGCGUGUGGAAGACCAACACCGAUGCGGAAGCUACAGUUUGUGCUCCUGAAGCAACUGGAAAAGUUCAACGCACAGCAAACAAUAAUGAGUGUUUGAAAACUUCAGACGUUUCUGGUGGGGAUCAUCUUGUCAAUCACGGAACUACGCAGGUCUCGAAGAUGCUAUGUGGUGCGCGGAUGCAAGCUAUGUUCACGUGAGAAACUUUCUUGUAAGACACAUUGUGAGCAAUUUAUUUAUUAAAAUAUUUUAUUUAAUUAUUACAGUUGUGACAUGCACACCAACACCUCAUAAAGAGGGUACUAGGGUGUGCAUGGGGAUAUAAAAAAAAAAACAAUGAAAAAACAGUAUCACAAUAAAAGAGCAUAACAUGUAAAAAAGAUACAAACACAAACAAAAUGCAAAGGACAAAAUAAACAAUAGCCACAGGCACAAUAUUCAAAUUGAUCGAUACAAUCAUUCUGUACAGGAAGAGAUGAAAUAAACAAAUUUAGACAAGUCAAAAUCAAAAA